AUGGCUUUCAUUCCUUGCUGGGCAUGGGUAUUAGUGGGUUAUCUUUCUACCUCUGUAGUAGGAGCUCCUAACCUUUCAAGUUUCUAUCCCCCUCUAUGGGAGGAGAGUCCUGGCCAGUUCAGUGACUACAAGGUGGAGAAUGGAAAAUACAUUAUUGAUCCCUGGGUCUACACUAGCAGAAUGGGGAUGUAUAAAAUUCUGCUGAGCCAGACAGCCACAUAUUUUGCAAAAUUUGCUCCAGAAAAUGAGCAAAAUGUCUUAUGGGGACUGCCUUUGCAAUUUGGCUGGCAAUUCAGAUCAGGCAGAUCAGCUGAUCCUACCAGAAAGACUAACUGUGGUUUUGAAUCGGAAGAUCAUCUGUGUAUCUCUGCAGACAGUUGGUGGACUGAUAUAAAUUAUUUUCUGUGUGCAAUACCUUUCCUUUCUGCGGUUGAUUCUGGCAUCAUGGGGAUAUCACCCGAUCAAGUCACACUACUGCCACCACCCAAGGAUCAGCAGAGGUUUUGUUACAACGUUUCUGGCUGUCGUUCAUCCCACCCCGAGAUGAUGAAGCAGUGGAAUGCUUUUUAUCAGUAUCUAAAGUCACCUUCCACUAACUUUGAGGAUAUCUUGAGAUGCCUAUGGACUGCACAUACCUCCUCCUUGGAAGGAUCUCUUGGCAAUUUUGAAGAUAAAUUUCUUUACUAUUCCAAACCAGAAGCAGAUUUUGGGAAAAGUUGGUGUGUUUUCGUGAAUUAUUUAGUUGCAUCCUUGUAUCCCCCUACAUUGAUCAGAACACAUAACUUCGAGAAAGGCCUGCCACCACGAGUUCUUCUUAAGACUUACAGAGCCCCAUUAAUCAAGGGCUUUACUCCUCUCCAAAAUGUAUUCCUGCUCUCAUUGAAUGGUCUUAGGAAACUGGAUGAUUCAACAGCAAGAGCCAUCUCCAAGGGCCAUCCUGUGAACAAAAUAUCAGCACAAAGGUCUAAGCACAGGUCCUCGGGUUUGUCCAAGCCAUUGCUGUGCUUAGAGACUGGUACUUCGCACCCGAGGAACGUCUUCACAGAACCUGGUCACAACAAGCCAGAUCCAGAGAAUUUCUACUACUCUAUAAGGCCCGUCUGCCUCCCUUCCCUUCCCGUCUUCUCCGGAAUGAGAGACCAUGGAACACUGUCUGUGGACUGCAUUUGGUCAAGGCAGAAGCCUGAGGGCAUACAGAGAUUGGGAGAGUACAACCGUUUUGCCGAAAAGACAAGCAGACACUCUUCAUUAUUUAAAUAA